GCCAUACAAAUCAACAUGCGUUCCCUAUUCCUGGUCUGUUUGGUCUUCGGCUCCGCUUGGUCCCUGCCAGAAUCGGACCUCUCACCCACAUCCCCAGCUCCCGGGAACGACACCGCCGAUGAGCCCCAGCUGCCCGCCUUCUCGCCAUUUAGUCUGCGAGAUGGCAGGUUCGCCAUAGGCGCCUUCGCCCAAGUGAACUGGUUCCAGGCCCAGGCCACCUGUGCCGCCUAUGGGUACACGCUCGUAAGCAUUACAUCCGAGCAGGAUCAGCGCAGUCUGCGCAACUUCCUCUUCACCUACGCCCGGAACCAGCAGGAACUGCUGACCAAUCCGCUCUGGACCUCGGGCACCGACCUGGCCAGUGACAACAACUGGGUGUGGUUCAGCAAAGGGCGCGUCGUCAACUACCGCAACUUCCAGAACGGACUACCGGGCUACUCCAGCGAUAAUCGCCACUGCCUUGGCAUCAACGGAAUCAACGGACUCUGGGUGAACGAGGAUUGCUCAGAACUGCGCUACUUCGUUUGCGAGAAGCGUUGCCAGUUCGAUGACGACGUAAACUAACCUAAUUUGACGAAGUGAGUCGAAAAAAGAGGGCGGUUGUUAAAUAAAAUAUCAGCCGAAUAUGUGCAAUUCAAAA